UUGCAUUUGAUUUUGACAGGAAAACCGCGAAUGUAAUUUAAUUUUUAUUUGAUUUUGAAAUUUUUUGCUAAACAUUGUCUUGCAAAUAAAUACGUAGUGAUAGUAGUAGUGUUAAUUGUAAAAAAUUAAAUGUAGCUUAGAACCUUUAAAACGUGCUCAGUAUUAUCACUCGAGAACAAAGUUAAAUGCAAACAUAUUGUAAAAGAUGAGAUGGACAACAUAUAUUGAAGGGGGUCCCAGACGGGUCAACCAUGCAGCUGUAUGCAUCGGAUCAAAGAUAUAUUCAUUUGGUGGGUAUUGUUCAACUGAGGAGUACAAAGAUUGGGAUCCCAUCCCAGUGCAUGUGUUGAACACAGUCACGCUGAGGUGGAAAUCUCUGAACUACACAAAAUGUGCCACAGUGGUGUCUUUACCGUUUCAGAGGUAUGGGCACACAGCUGUUGCUUAUGGAGACAAGGUUUACAUGUGGGGUGGAAGAAAUAAUGUUGUAGCUUGCGACAAACUGUCAUGUUUCGACACAAACAAGUUAGAAUGGAGCACCCCUUCAGUGAGCGGCACAGUACCCUAUCCAAAAGACGGCCAUUCGGCUUGCAUUAUCAAGAAUAAGAUGUACAUAUUUGGAGGAUUUGAAUAUAUAUUUGACCAAUACUCCAAUGACGUUCACUGUUUAGAUUUAGACACUAUGCAAUGGAGUUACAUUAAUACCCUCGGUACUCCACCUUCCCACCGAGACUUUCACACUGCAGUGGCGUACAAUGAAAGGAUGUACAUCUAUGGAGGCAGGGGCGAUAUGAACAAUCCCUAUAACUCUGAUCAAGACAUAUACUGCCCAUUAGUCUAUUACCUCGAUACAGCUACUGAAACAUGGGUAAAUGUGAGUGCAAGAGGCACAUGGCCAAUUGGUAGGCGAAGUCACUCGGCUUGGAUAUACAAAGAUCACAUGUAUAUAUUUGGCGGAUUAAACGCCAAAAGGAAGAAGCACUUUAAUGACUUGCACAGAUAUUCCUUAAAAGGGAACUACUGGGAGAAACUUACCGUCCAGGGCGUAGGCCCAUGCCAGAGGAGGCGUCAAGCAUGCUUAAAUUAUAAAGACAAGGUUUAUUUAUUUGGUGGAACAAGCCCUUGUGCGCAAAAUAACAGACCAUCAAACGAAUCUGACGACAGCUCUGAGAGGUUAAUUGAUAACAGUGAUUUGCAUGUCCUGGACUAUUCACCAUCAUUGAAGACAUUAUGUAUACUUGCAGUAUUAAAAUACAAUUUGGAUCAGACAUCAUUACCCCAUGAUAUUAUAUUUGAUAUAAUGUCAAUGACACUACCAAAUCGCAUCAGCAGACCAAUUAAUCAAUCUGGAUGACUUCUGAUAUAGGUACUAAUACAGAUAUGGAGGGGAUUCUGUUUGAACCUUUAGUCAACCAAGUAUGAACAAUUAUAUAUGGGACCUAUGUCGCUAUACUCGGCAGUAAUGUGAACUUGUCCAAUAAAGGACCAGCCCCUACAGCCAAGGCACGUCGAUUCUCUUUCUACAAUCGCAAACGCUUCGAAAACUAUAAAAUGUAUGGGAAUGACAUCGACAGGUCACGUGAUAAAGAUCUGUCAUUCCCAUACAUUUUUCUAGUUUUCAAAGCGUUUCCGAUCGUAGACAGAGAAUCGAUGUGCCACUUGCCACUUGGCUACUUUACUCUCUCCUUGUACCAGAUGACAUCUGCAUCUACCAUGCUGCUCAAAUAUGGGUUGGCGAGUUUAGAACUCACCAUAAAGACUCUAGACAGAUCUAGAAUCUAAAAUACAUAGUAAAUUUUGUAUGGUAUGAUCUUUAUUAAUUUACAGGUCUUUUUUCGGCAAAUAAAAUAAACAUAAAUCUAGGAACAACUGGGUUUCAAAGUAAUUUUUAUUUUUACCUUCUACGGGUAUGUGUUAUGUUUUAUUUCCUACAACUACAUGCCACUCGUUCAGUGUGUGGUGGGCGGGAAAAAAUCCUUUGUUUUUCUAGCAAAAUUUUAUGUAGUAGCACAGAUUAGAGAAUAAGCAGAUAGAGCGCACGGAAAACCACAGUGAGACAUUGCUAACACAAAUUCAACAACGAAUACAUUCUCGAGUCAUUAGGUCAGGAAGCGUUGCAUCAGUGAUUUUAAAUAAUAUAAAAACUGUACACAAAAACAAAACAUAGAAAUCAUAUUUAAGAUGAUUUGAAUUUCAUAAGUGUUUUGAAAAUUAUAUGAAAAAAGUUUGUAAAUAGCUACAUUACGCGGAUGUCAUUGUCAUCAUCGGAUGCGCGUGCGACGUUUGCAUUGUUUAUGGGUUUCACUGGCUACACCGCGCGGCUUGUAAAGACUCAUUCUGGAUCAUUCUCCAUUCUGUGUGUAGUAGGUAAUGUGGUAAUGUCACAGAAAACGUAUGGUAAUGUACAGUCCUUUACAAUAUUUAUAUCAGUCGGUAUAAAAACAUAUAGGAACAGUUUUCUUAUUGAUUUAGCAGUUU